UUUUCUUUUCAUGCAGACACCACUGUCAGCACAUACACUUUCAGCAUGAACCACUCAGCUGAGCUGUCUCCUUCAGGGGAAAUGGCCCCUGAAGAGACAGCAGUCACUUGUGUGAUCCUGGGUCUGUCCUUUCUGAUUGGAGCCCCGGGAAACCUUCUGGUGAUCUGGACCAUCCUGAGACACGUCAAGCAACGUUCCCACACCGUGGUGCUCAUCCUGCACCUGGCUUUUGCAGACCUGCUCGUCCUCAUCACCCUGCCUCUGUGGAUCUAUUCCCUGGCCUACUCCUGGGUGUUUGGAGAGGCCUCCUGCAAAGCCAUAGCAUUUGUGAUCACCGCCUCUAUGUACAGCAGCGUUUUCCUCAUCACCCUCAUGAGUGUUGAACGUUUUUUGGCUGUGCGUUAUCCUUUUGCUUCAGCUGACUGGAAAAGAAAAAAAGCUCUUAAUAAAGUACUGCUGAUUCUGUGGACUUUAGCGUUCUUGUUCAGCAUCCCUGUCAUCCCAACUCAGGUUAUGGAUCAUGAGCAAUGCUUGUACCGGGAGUACUCAUCUGUGACUCAGGAGCUGGUCUGUGUGCUGCUGGAGACACUGGUGGGCUACAUAAUACCGUUCUCCAUCCUGGUGGUCUGCUAUGGCUGCCUGUGCAGCCGGAUUACUCAGAUGACAUUCAAGUCCAAGCGCAAGUCUACUGUUCUCAUUGCCAGUGUGGUGGUUGUGUUUGGCCUUUGUUGGACACCUCAUCACAUCGGAAAUGUCCUCUCACUAGUCAUCCUGGGCAUCCAAGGUUCCUUUAGUGAUGCAGCAAAGUCUCUGGAGAGUGUUAGGAGCACCAUGAUCUUGAUCGCCGGAGCCAUGGUGUUCAUCAGUAGCACUGUAAACCCCAUCCUCUAUAUGUUUGCAGCGCGCACCUUCAGGAGCUCCCUGCGGGACAUCGGCAUCAAGAAGCUCUUCCGACACAUCUCCAGCACAUCCCCAGGCGAAGGCAACAGAGAGGUGUCCUUUGUGUCUAAGAGACAAAGCAAUCAGACCAACAGCUCCAAGUGUGAGUUGGAGUCAAAAGCCCAAAUGGACAUAUUGAUAAAAAUGUGUGAAAAUAAUGAAACUGUAAUUAUCCAACAAUAAUUGAAACUGUACAGAGUGUACAUCUGUGCUCCGUGUGUCUGUGUAAAUAUAAAUAUAUUUAGCAUUUUGUCAUUU